ACUGGGAAAAAACCUUACAAAUGUAGUGAAUGUGGGAAAUCAUUUAGGCACAAUUAUUACCUCUUUAUCCACAAGAGAGUUCACACUGGAGAAAAACCAUUCGAGUGUAGUGAAUGUGGGAAAUCUUUUCAUGAAAAUUCUAAACUGAUUACCCACAUGCGAGUUCACACUGGGGAAAAACCAUAUGAGUGCAGUGACUGUGGGAAGUUCUUCAGCAGUAGCUCGACUCUCCUUCGACACCACAGAGUUCACACUGGAGAAAAACCAUAUAACUGUAGUGAAUGUGGAAAAUCAUUCAGGCACAAUUAUGAGCUCUGUAUCCACAAGAGAGUUCACACUGGAGAAAAACCAUAUGAGUGUAGUGACUGUGGGAAGUCCUUCAGCAUUAGUUCGACUCUCAUUCAACACCACAGAGUUCACACUGGAGAAAAACCAUAUAAAUGUUGUGAAUGUGGAAAAUCAUUUAGGCGCAAUUGUGACCUCUUUACCCACAAGAGAGUUCACACUGGAGAAAAACCAUUCCAGUGUUUUGAAUGUGGGAAAUCUUUCCAUGGAAAUUCUCAACUCACUAAACACAAGAGAGUUCACACUGGAGAAAAACCAUAUAACUGUAGUGAAUGUGGGAAAUCAUUUAGGCGCAAUCAUGAGCUCUUUAUCCACAAGAGAGUUCACACUGGAGAAAAACCAUAUGAGUGUAUUGACUGUGGGAAGUCCUUCAGCAAUAGGUCUAAUCUCAUUCGACACCACAGAGUUCACACUGGAGAAAAACCUUACAAAUGUAGUGAAUGUGGAAAAUCAUUUGGGAGCAAUCAAAACCUCUUUACCCACAAGAGAGUUCACACUGGAGAAAAACCAUAUGGGUGUAGUGAAUGUGGGAAAUUUUUUCGGCGCAAAAAUCACCUCCGUAACCACCGGAGAGUUCACACUGGAGAAAAACCUUAUAAGUGUAGUGAAUGUGGAAAAUCAUUCAGGCAAAAUUCCAAUCUCAUUCAACACCAGAGAAUGCACACUGGAGAAAAGCCGUAUGAGUGUAGUGACUGUGGGAAGUCCUUCAGCAGCAGCUCUACUCUCAUUCGACACCACAGAGUUCACACUGGCAAAGGGACUUAUGAGUGUAUUCAAUGUGGGAAAUCUUUUUGCUAUAAAUCUUUCCUCAUUCAACACUUGAGAGUACACACUGGAAAAAGCUUUAAAUGUGCAGGGAAUGUUUUAUGUUCUCACUCAGAAUAA